UGUCGCAGUGACGCACGAGUUAGGUGGCGCCUCAUAUAACCGGAGGAGCUGUCCCCGGUGCUGAACACAGAGAAUCCCUGCUCUUAGAGAUGCUAAAUUCAUUCACGACUAUCGAUUGAAACUAUUUUGUAGAGGCUGAAGACACCAUGCCGUCACUCCCCAAGCUCUCCUCUGCAGGGAUGGCUUUCCUCCUCUCCCUGCUCCAUCUCCUACUCUCCGGCAGUGCCCAGGGGGCCUCUCUCAGAGAACACAGACUGAGGGGGAGUGAGCUAGACCCCCAGCGAGGAGACACCCCCUACCUCCCCCCCAAUGCAGACAUGCUCAAGGCCCUGGAGUACAUUGAGAGCCUCCGCCAGCAGACCGGGGCGUUAGCCCCACAGGAGCAGGCUUCCCUCACCCUAGACUAUGACACCACCAACAUGGACACAGACUCAGAGAAACUCCUCUCCAUGCUGAGGCUACCCUCUCCUGCCCAGACCAGUCAGAGUAAUAUAGGCCAAGGCCAGGACCAAGAUGAGGAUGAUGAGGAAGGGGAGGGCAACAAGGAGAACAAGACCCAGGAGUGGCUACAGGCGGUACUGAAUACCCUCCAGCAGACCAAGAAGGGCCCCAAGCCAGCCCCUGUGAGGCCCAGUGCAGCCCGCCAUGCUCUGGGCAAAGGGCGGAGACCGGCGAAGGAGGAGGACAGCCAGGUGGGAGAGGGCGUGGCGUAUCCGUGGACGCAGCAUGCUAGCCGGCCUCACAGGAAGUACCCGCUGAUGUUUGAAGAUGAAGAGAACGGUGAGGAAGAAGGUAGAGUCCAGGGCCGCGAGAGCCCCUUCAAACGCACCAAUGAGAACAUGGAGGGGAAGUACACGCCCCAGAACCUAGCCAAUCUGCAGUCUGUGUUUGAGGAACUGGGGAGGAUAGCCAAUGCCAAGGCUGGACACAAACGCCAGACUGAGGAUGAUGGUGAUGAUGACAUGUUCAAGGUGAGGAACCUGGCCUAUGAGGAUGUGACAGGGGGAGAGGAUUGGUCGCCCCUAGAGGAGCAGGUGGAUAAGGAGGACGAAGAGAUAGACAACAGGCAGGAGUUCGACAGAGGCUUCGAGGAUGAUGAAGAUGAUGAUGAUGAUGAUGAUAAUGAAGAUGAUGAGGAGAUUGAUGAGGUCAAGCGAUCAAGUCAGCUCGGUCCAAGAGAAUAUGACCCAGAUGACUACUACCUUCUGAAGGUGCUGGAGAAAACAGAGCAGCAGAAGAGAGAGCUAGAAGAAGAGGAGGAGCAGAAGAGAGAGCUAGAAGAAGAGGAGGAGCAGAAGAGAGAGCUAGAAGAAGAGGAGGAGCAGAAGAGAGAGCUAGAAGAAGAGGAGGAGCAGAAGAGAGAGCUAGAAGAAGAGGAGGAGAGGGAAGAGAGGAGGGCAGCUCAAACUCAGUACAGUGACAAGGUAGAUCCACAGGCCAUUUACCAGCUCAUCCAAAUCUCCCAGAAACUACAAAUCCCACCAGAAGACCUGAUGGACAUGCUGAAGAGUGGGGAGAUGACAAAACAGGACAGGACACCACUGAGGACAAAGGCACAGUCUUGGACACCUAAUGAUCUGGCCAGGGUAGAGGACAAACUAACUCAGAUCUCCUCUCAUCAAAAAACUAAGAUCCCUGCAGAGACAUUCUUCAACAGACUGCCUGAGACCCAAACAAGCAACAUCCCGGAAGAAAUAAACACAGAAGACAUUCUAAAAAUCCUCGGGCUGGGAAGUGUGGCAAAUCAGAACGUACCUGCCCUCAAGAAGCAGAAACAGCACACAAGCCCGCCGUCAAGGUUUUACGCGCCAGCUGGAAAGCAGAAAAACUACAUGUUCUCUGAGCCAAACAUCCCAGAGAAAGGAACGGACGACUACGACAACACUGUCAAUGAAGACGAGCUGUCGACUUAUCUGGCUGCCCAGAUGUUGGCACAGUAUCCGCAGACAGCAAACCAAAAAAAGCGCACCUCGCAGUCACCCUCACAAGACCAUCAGCUCGUGCUGGGAACGUUCGAGCAGGCGAUACAGGACUACUUUGACCAAAUGGACUCAGAUAAAAGCCCGCCUCAGAAAAGACAGUCAGAUCCCAAGGAGGACACGGGCCAUAUGUCACAAAAACAGGGCUUGGAUGACGACACGCUGCUGAAAAUUCUAAACUAUCUGAACCCAGAGACUGAAGAGGGCGAAGAUACAGACUUUUAUGCCCAAACUGUCAAAGGGCUGUAGAUGGUGGGGAUAUAGAUCCAUAUUAUAUUGUUUUGAUGAGGGGGAAAUCAUAAUAAAGUAUUUUGAAAAGUAAAUACAUGCAAUGGAGUUUAGUCUCUUCACUAGAUUUACUACAGCUCGUGCUUUAAUAGCCAAUUUAUACAUGAACUUGAUCUGAUGUAGCUACAAGGUGGUUGUAACUGAGUGUGUGGCAUAAUAUUCAAUGUUUUUGAUAGGCUAGCUAGAACAACACUAGUUACAAUAGACCACUUUAUACUAGCCGUACAUCAGUGCACAUCCACUUGUGUUCCUCCUCGUAAAUUAUAUUUCGUCCAUGUGUUUGGUAAUGUGUAAUGUAUGAGGUUAAUAAAGCAUUGACUUUAUUUUUUC